UAAGAAACGGGGGUGGCAUUAGGAGCCAGGCAAGAAAUUGAAGGUGAGCCUGGGGAAGCGAGGGCACUGGAUGCCAGGAAAGCGAUCCUGGGUAGACAAGGGGCGUAUGGGCAGCAGGCUGAGGCGUCCAGGGCAGGAGGACAGUGAGCGCGUGCGGGUCAAGGCGGUGAAGGGAUAGGCGCUUUGCAGGGUAUUGAGAGUGGGCGCCAGUGGAGGGUGAUGGAGGCGGUGGGCUCUAAACAAGGAGGUGACCCGCCCCCUCCUGCAGAGUUCCUAACCCCAGCCAGCACCACCGCUGCUGCCGCCCUUCCCCGCAGCCUAAAGGAACCUAGGAGGGAGAGCACUUGGCAGGCACGCAGCCAGGAUUUCCGGCGCUGCUGCCGGGCUCACGGGGAAAAUUUAGGUUCUGGCGCAGGGUACAGAGACACGUCGCUGUUGGGAGAACUUCACCUUAUGUCCUAUUGAAUGUUUCUCUCUUAUCUUCUCUCCUCCCCCUGCAGGCAUGAAGACCCCCAACGCACAGGAGGCCGAAGGGCAACAUACCAGGGCAGCUGUGGGCCGGGCCACUGGGUCGGCAAACAUGACGAAGAAAAAAGCCUCCCAAAAGAAGCAGAGGGGCAGACCUUCGUCCCAGUCCCGCAGGAACAUCGUGGGCUGCAGAAUUUCACAUGGAUGGAAAGAAGGUGAUGAGCCCAUCACCCAGUGGAAAGGAACCGUUCUGGAUCAGGUGCCUAUAAAUCCCUCUCUUUAUCUGGUGAAAUAUGACGGAAUUGACUGUGUCUAUGGACUGGAACUUCACAGAGAUGAAAGAGUUUUGUCUCUUAAAAUUCUUUCCGACAGGGUGGCAUCAUCUCAAGUCAGUGAUGCAAACCUUGCAAACACCAUAAUUGGUAAAGCUGUGGAACAUAUGUUUGAGGGUGAGCAUGGUUCUAAGGAU